AUGUCUACCUUGACUCGAAAGCCAUCUCCUGUUUCGGCGGGCGAGAAGAUUCCCACAUAUCAUCAAGUCCCGGAAACCUCAUAUGAGCUGGACUGGGCCGACCUGGCCACCCUAGAUCUGUCUCGGUUCGAUCAGCCAGGUGGUAAACAAGAGCUAGCGAAGCAGUUACAUGAAGCUAUUGAGAAGAUAGGCUUCUUCUAUAUCGUCAAUUUUGGAUUGUCCCAAGACGCAGUGGACCGUCAAUUCUCGAUCGGAAAAGAGCUAUUCAGUCUCCCUACGGAAGAAAAGCUCAAGUAUCGUGCCGACCUUGAGCAUGGUGGGUAUAAUGGGUACAAGCCUUUGGGCCUUCGCGAAAUAAGUCGAGGUGUUUUCGACAACACCGAGAUAUACAAUAUCCCAAAGUUUAUUCCCUCUUUGGAGCGUUCUCAUCCCGAGGUCGUAGACCAGAAUCGCCCCGAAAUUGAAGCAUUUGCACGCCACAUCCACAAUGAGGUUGUGCGGAAGCUUCUUACACUAUUCGCCAUCAUUCUGCAACUUCCAGAGGACGCCUUUCUCAAAAUACAUCGCUAUGACGAGAAGAGCGACUGCCACUUACGGUAUAUGAAGUACCACCGUAGAACACAGCAAGAGAAUGAGCAGCUCGGCAAUGUUUGGGUCAAGGGCCACACCGACUUUGGCAGCCUCACGCUGUUGUUUCGCCAGCCUGUCGCAGCGCUGCAAGUCCGAACCCCUGAUGGCGAGUGGAAGUGGGUGAAGCCACACCCCGGUAGUAUUACGGUCAAUGUGGCCGACUCGCUCGAGUUCUUUACCAAUGGCUUUCUCAAGAGCAGCAUCCACCGUGUUGUGGCACCACCACCUGAUCAGAGGGACACAGAGCGCCUGGGGGUUUUGUAUUUUGUCCGCCCAGAGGACAAUGUGGAAUUGAAGCCUGUGGCGAGCAAGGUAUUGGAGCAAUUGGGCUUUGACCAGGUCACGGACAAGAGCGCCGUGGGCAUUACGGCGGGUGAGUGGGUGAAGGCUAGGGUAGCCAAAGGCGUGGCAAAAGGACCGCACGGCGAGGUUGAAGAGGUGCCAAUUAUUGGUGGUAAAAAGGCAAAGUAUUACGAUUAA